AUGGAAACAAAGCUUUUGAUCAAGAUCAAGGUCAGCAAAUCCAAGCUGUAUGAGGCCAAGGUUGGAGUGGUUGAGUUGCAAAGAAAAUGGGACCAAAGGGGAUCAGGGACUCGUAUGCAAGCAAGAUUCAAAAAGACAAUGAACGCAAAGAUGAAGCUUCUCAAAAACAAGUGGAUCUCCUAUGAUAAAAAGGCCACCGACUAUAACGAUUCUUAUGCCGACAAUGUUCAAAUGGCCACCCCAGAUUUUGAAGAGGUCAAGUCGAUGACACUGAAUGAUCACUUCUGGAAUAGUGGCUCAAUAACUCAUCCAGAGGAGCCUUGGGCAACAGACUCCAAUGUGCAGAAGGGGAUUGAGGCAUAUCGUUUAGUGAGCCAUUGUCAAGAUGAGCUGCAUCGAAUUUUGAGGGAGGCUAGACAAGCUGUCAAAUGGGCGGUCAAAACUGGAUUGGAAUUGGAUUCUAUGUUGAAACUUUUGAGAGAUGAAUUUGAAAAUCAAGAAGAACUGCGUGAGGAGGGACUGUUGGAACAAGAAGAGUUGCAAUUCUUGGAUGCUCAGCAAGAUGACCUUAUUGAUCUGACCAUGAAUAAUAAUGAUUAA